GGCGUGGCUUGGGAGGGAAUUUGAGUGACAACUCUCGCGCAGGCGCGGAAAGCGUCUCGUGCGCCCGGCGGCGGCUCGCGAGCUCUUGCGCAUGCGCCCCAGGGCCGAAACCGGCUGCGGUUGCGCAGUUGUGCGGUGCGGGAGUGAGGUGAAGUAGUGCGCAUGCGCAGGAGCGCCAGCGCUGAGGGGUUUAGGCGCGCAUGUCGCUCGGGCCCGCGUGCGGGCUGCGCCUCCUCCGCUCCGCUCCCCUCCCCCUUUCUCUCCGCCGCGUUUCGGUUUCGCCACCAUUUUGUGCCGCAGCCGCCGCUCCCCGCCGCGGUUUUCACCCCGCCUCGCUCCGUGCGUGCGAGUCCAAACGACGGCCUCAUGGCGGACAGCCAGCCAGCGGCCGCGCAGGGAGAAUCCCCGUCCCUGGGCGGGUCUGGAGUCCCCGGCUCGGAGCCCGAGAACCGGCGGCGGCUGAGUGACCUACGGGUGAUAGACCUGCGGGCCGAGCUCAAGCGGCGCAGUUUGGACAGCGGUGGGAACAAGAGCGUCCUCCUGCAGCGGCUCCGGAAGGCUAUUGAGGAGGAAGGGGGGAAUCCUGAUGAAAUUCCAGUGGUUUCAGAAAAUAUCAUGAAGAAAACACCAAAAAGAAGCAGCAAAGGACGUAGAGCAGAUGAAGACGGAGGAGAAGAUAACGGCCUGGAAGAGGAUUCGGGAGAUGGACAGGAGGAUAUUGAAGCAAGUUUGGAUAACUUGCAGGAUAUUGACAUGAUGGAUAUUAGUGUGUUAGAUGAAGCUGAAAUAGAUAAUGGCAAUGCAGUAGAUUGCGGAGAGGAUUACAGUGCUGAUAAUAUUCUUGACUCACUGUCUGAUAGUAAAGAAAAUGCUGAUGCAGCAGUGAAAGAACUUCCCGAUCAGCCUACAGAAUGUGCUGUAGGUGACUUGGAGGCAUCCCCACAGUUUUCAGAGAUUAAAGAAGAACCAAGAGAAAUACCAGUAGUGAUGGUACAGGUCGAAGAUGUCGGAAACAGUUUAGAUGCUUCUUCAUCUGAUUUAACCAUAGUAAAGGAUCUUGAAGAGUUACCUUUGGAGCCAGAAAAUGAGAAAAUACUCGACAUUUUGGGGGAAACUUGUAAAUCUGAAGGACUUAACGAAGAAAGUUCCGAAGCGGAGCGGCCACAUGCGCAGGAAGCGAGUAACGCGGUGCCAGGCAAGAGGCUGGCGGAGGAAGAGGACGCUCUUGCUGCCGCUCAGGUGGAGGAAGAUGCUUUAGAUUUGGACAGCAAAUCGGCACAAGCUUUGGCAAGGAAGGAAGCAAAGCGUUUAGUUGUAGCGAAAGGGGAGACAAGUGAACAGCCAGUAGAGGAAGAGAAACCGGACUGUGGCUCUUUAGUGGUAGAGACCCCAAGCGAUCAGAGUAGCAAACGCUCCCAAGGCCUGGAAGCCUCUAGUGGGGGAACAGCGGCCAAAGGCGCAGGUCCCGAGGGCCAAGAAGGCCAAGAAGAUGCGAAGAAAACAGAAGACAAAGCUAAUUCUGAGGAACCCCCUGCUACUAAAGAGUCCUCAGCCAGUGAGGGCGGUGAUCAGAAAAAGAGCCCUGUGGAGGAGGACAGAGAUACAAAGAUAAUCUCAAAAGAUGACAAAGGCCGUGCGGGUGGUGGCUCUGGCAGGAAUCUGUGGGUCAGUGGCCUCUCCUCCUCUACUAGAGCCACUGACUUGAAGAAUCUUUUCAGCAAGUAUGGAAAGGUGGUCGGUGCGAAAGUGGUGACGAACGCUCGCAGCCCUGGCGCUCGCUGCUACGGCUUCGUUACCAUGUCGACAUCGGAAGAAGCCACUAAGUGUAUUAAUCACCUCCACAGGACAGAGCUGCAUGGAAAAAUGAUUUCUGUGGAAAAGGCAAAAAAUGAACCAGCUGGGAAAAAGCCAUCAGACAAAAAGGAAGGUGAAACAAAGAAGGAAAAAGACAGGCACCAUUCUGCAGAAUCCAAAUUGGAGAAGUCUGUUGGUGUUAAGAAGGAGGAGAAGAUGGAUAAAAAAGAUGAUGUUAAGAAAUCAGAAAAAGAUGGAAAAGAUGAAAAAGAAGGAAAAGAGAAAGAUGAACAAAAGGCCGGAUCCUCCGAUAGAUCCAGGGCAAGCAAAUCAGCAAGUCGAGGAACUGAAAGGACAGUGGUAAUGGAUAAAUCUAAAGGAGAACCAGUUAUUAGUGUGAAAACCUCUACAUCAAAAGAGAGGAGUACAAAAAGCCAGGAUCGGAAGUCUGAGAGCAAAGAAAAACAAGACAUUUUAUCAUUUGAUAAAAUCAAAGAGCAGCGAGAACGUGAACGUCAGAGACAGAGGGAGCGAGAAAUCAGGGAAACGGAAAGGCGCCGAGAGAGAGAGCGGCGAGAACGAGAACAACGUCUUCAGGCCAUUCACGAGCGGGAUGAAAGGCAGAGGCUCCAGAGGGAGCGAGAACGACUGGAAUUUCAAAGGCAGCGUCUUGACAGAGAGCGCUUGGAGAGGGAGAGACUGGAGAGAGAGCGAAUGCACAUCGAGCAGGAAAGGCGGCGGGAGCAGGAGCGGAUCCAGCGCGAGAGGGAAGAGCUGCGGCGGCAGCAGGAGCAGCUGCGCUACGAACAGGAGCGGCGCUCGGCCAUGAGGAGGCCCUACGAUCCUGACGGCAGACGAGAUGACCUGUACUGGCCAGAGGCGAAGCGAAUGGCGAUGGAUGACAGGUAUCAUUCUGAGUUCAGUCGUCAGGAUCGCUUCCAUGACUUCGACCACAGGGAUCGCGGCCGAUACCAAGAUCACUGUUUGGACAGAAGAGAUGGUUCGAGAGGAAUACCAGAUCGAGAUGGGCAGCAUUACCCGGACGAACGCCACGGAGGCCCCGACCGUCACUCCCGCGAUAGCUGGGGCGGCUACGGCUCCGACAGAAGAAUGAGCGAAGGAAGAGGGAUUCCCCCCCAGCCGCGAGAUGGACGUGACUGGGGAGAUCAUGGUCGAAAGUUAGAGGGGCAUCAAGAUCGUUCAUGGCAGGGAAAUGUGGCUGGAGGAGUGAUGGGACGGGAUCAUGAGAGAUGGCAAGGUGGUGAUAGAAGCAUGCCUGGUCAGUCAGGACCAGGCCAUGUGAUGAACCGAGGAGGGAUGUCGGGGCGCGGAGGCUUCGCUGGGACGCAGAGCCCGGGGGGGCCCGGCGGCCUCCAGGUGUUCGCUGCCCCGGACCGGACGGACAGACCGACCGAGCCGCGUUUCACCCGCCGAUACUGACACCGCUGUACUAUACCUAUAGAUACGUUAUUUUUUAAUGCCGUAAGACAAGGGUGAAUUCGAUUAACCGGAGCCACCUCGAAUGUGUGAUCGCAAACAGCGAGACUGCUGCCGUGUUGUGGCCAAAUGUUACAUCAACCGGUCUGUUUGGUUUCUUUUUAUUGUAAUAAACGUGUUCUUGGUCAAACAUCACUUCAAGUUUCUGUUAAUGAAACAUUCCGUUUUUCAAAAAUAAUAAUAAAACCAGUUUACAGCUACUGA